CGUACAAAAACUCACCUCACAGGAUCAUACCCCCCCAACCCCUUUUCACCUCUACAUUUCCUCCUUCAAAUUCCAUCACCAAUCGUUCUGUUAACCAACACUCCGAUCCACUUUCUCUCUUCUCGGCCCUCAACUCUCAACUCUCGCUCACAUUCACGAUGUCAGAAACACCCUUUAGACCAAGAGAGAAUCUUUUUGAGAAGCAAAAAUAUUUCCAAAGCAUGCACAAGUACACGUAUCUGAAGGGUCCUAUGGAUAAGAUCACCUCUGUUGCCAUUCCUGCAGCUCUGGCUGCUUCUUCUCUGUUUCUUAUUGCACGGGGCAUCUACAAUAUGUCUCAUGGGAUUGGAAAGAAAGAAUGACGAGGUGAUUUCUGCUCAGCAAGGGUCUAUUGCUGUCCGACUUUGACUGGUUUCGUUCUUGAAGUUUCGAGCAUGUUUACCUUAAAAUAAUUACAUAGUUGCAGGCAUGUUGCUAGCAACAGCUGUUAAAUCUUCUUUACUGAUGAGUUGAUUGCUUGUUCAUUUACCGGUUUAGUUUCAAUUGGUGCAUGGUUUAUUUUUUAAAUUCAUAAAUAAAUAUUUUCUGCAUUUUGCACGCUGUUUCA